AUGCCAUUGUUGUUGCCGCCCCCGCGCCCUACUAACUCUCCCUUUGACAUCGAGUCUUCACUUCCUCCGACGCGCCGCGCCACCUUCGACGCCGGAUCAAAGCUCUGUGCCUCCACCUCCUCUGAUACGCUGUUGUCUGCCUUCUCCUCCGACACGCCUCCAUCCGCCUCCUCCUCUGCCGGCCUCGUUCAAUCGAUGGGCCUUGGUGGGGGCCGCAACAGCAAGAAAUCGACGGUGGAUGUCGAUCUCUCCAGCCUUGGUGGGGGGAUGAACAUUUCGCGCCACCACGCGCGGAUAUUCUAUGACUUCCAGCGCCGCCGUUUCGCGCUCAAUGUCAUCGGCAAGAAUGGCUGCCAUGUUGAGGGCGUCCUGCAUCUCCCUGGGAAUUCUCCUCUUAAGCUUGACUCGCAGGACCUCCUUCAGAUUGGGGACAAGUGGUUUUACUUCCUCCUGCCCACGAGGUCUAUCUUUGCGUCGCUUGCCGCUACUCAACAAGCCCCUGUUCUUCCCUCACAGAUCCCGCCGCCAUCGUAUGUGCAGCCAGGGCACCCUCGUGUGUCCGAUUUCCAUGACCGCCUCCCUGAAGGUGAUUAUGGCUGGGACAGUGAUGACGUUGGGAAUGGUGUCGGUGCAAGUGGAAUGAAGGGCAAGCUGAAGAUAACCAAGAAGUCUCCCGGAGAUUUGGACGUCUACGGUGGGCACAGAAUCAAUGUUGAACCAAUAGGAAUAGUCGGCGAAGACAACAGACCAGAAAUAAGGCUGAGGGGUGACGGGGAUGUGGACAACCAGCACAUCGUUCAAUUGGAAGAGAAGGAAGUCGUGUCAUCUGUUGCGACUGUGUUAUCUGACCUAUGUGGUCCUGGACAAUAUAUGCCUAUGAGAAAACUCCACACAGAGCUUGUGCACCGGUUUGGCAACGUGUGGCACCACACCAGCGUGCGGAAGUACCUGACCUGGGAGGACUGGUCGCCGAUUAUAGCCAAGGGGAGGCCGUGGUUCGGGCUGCUGGAGCUGCUCAGGAAGCACCCAGAGCACUUCGUCAUCAACACGAAAUGGAAGGGCAGGGCGAUCUUGGAGUUUGUCUCGCUGGUUUCCUUGCUCUCCUAGGCGGAACCACAGACCAGCAAGUCUGUCUCUAAGCUUUUCUUGCGUUUUGUUUCGCACCUGUAGUCCAGUAUCCAGAAGGCCGGGUCGUGUCCUGAUUUGUGUAUGAGAGAGCAUCAGUUUGAUGGAGUCACUGUAUCCUGAGUUUCUCUGACUUAGCUCUGUAGUGUCGACAAUGUUGUGUGGAAACUUCGACUUUUAAGUGGUAUA